AAAAAACACCUCAUCCCUUUUCCUUACUCAUGUUUUGGAGCUUCUAGACUCUCAUACUCUCGAUCCCUUUUUUUUCACUAUCCCUAAACCCCACAGAAAAUCGAAACCAGAAAAAUGUCAGACCUCGGCGGCGCAAGCAUGGUCCGCCAAAACCCACGGCGGGUCACGGCGCCGGAGGAGGCGCUGGAGUUCGAGACCUCGAAGGAGGUCCAGGUAGUAACGAGCUUCGCAGAGAUGGGAAUCAAAGACGACUUGCUCCGCGGCAUCUACCAGUACGGCUUCGAGAAGCCCUCCGCGAUUCAGCAGCGCGCCGUGGUUCCGAUUCUCCAAGGCCGAGAUGUCAUCGCUCAGGCCCAGUCCGGUACCGGAAAAACCUCCAUGAUUGGCCUCACCGUUUGCCAGACCGUCGAUACCAGCAGCAGAGAGGUUCAGGCCUUGAUCUUGUCACCAACAAGAGAAUUGGCAUCUCAGACAGAGAAGGUGAUAUUGGCAAUGGGUAAUUUCAUGAGUAUUAAAGUACAUGCAUGCAUUGGAGGCAAGAGUGUGGGUGAUGAUAUCAGAAAGCUAGAAAACGGUGUUCAGGUGGUGUCUGGAACUCCCGGCAGAGUUUGUGACAUGAUCAAAAGGAGAACACUGAAAACUACACACAUCAAAUUGUUAAUUCUUGAUGAAUCUGAUGAGAUGUUGAGCAGAGGGUUCAAGGAUCAGAUUUAUGAUAUAUACAGAUAUCUCCCACCAGUGCUUCAGGUUUGCUUGAUUUCUGCUACCCUUCCUCAUGAAAUUUUGGAGAUGACAAACAAGUUUAUGACAGAUCCUAUACGGAUACUUGUGAAACGUGAUGAAUUGACUCUGGAGGGCAUCAAACAAUUUUUUGUUGCCGUGGAAAGGGAAGAGUGGAAGUUUGAUACUUUAUGUGAUCUUUAUGAUACCCUUACGAUCACCCAAGCUGUCAUAUUCUGCAACACAAAGAGAAAGGUGGAUUGGCUAACAGAAAAGAUGCGUAGCAAUAACUUCACUGUUUCAUCAAUGCAUGGAGACAUGCCACAAAAGGAGAGAGAUGCAAUUAUGGAAGAGUUUCGGGCUGGUCAAACCCGUGUCCUAAUAACAACAGAUGUUUGGGCCAGGGGGAUUGAUGUCCAACAGGUUUCUUUGGUGAUCAAUUAUGACCUCCCAAACAAUCGUGAGCUUUACAUUCAUCGAAUUGGUCGUUCUGGUCGUUUUGGAAGAAAGGGUGUUGCAAUAAACUUUGUCAAAAGUGAUGAUAUUAAAAUCCUACGAGACAUUGAGCAGUACUACAGUACUCAGAUUGAUGAAAUGCCAAUGAAUGUUGCUGAUCUAAUAUAAGUUUUGCUGGCUGUCUUGUAUGUUGAUGCAUCACAGUUGUGCAGUUGACGUAAUUUUUAGUUUUGCUGGUAGAGGGUGAGAUGACAUUCUCCUGUGUUCUGUGACAACAUUACAUAUGUUAAGAGUUGGAUUCUCUCCAUUAAGAUUUAUGUGAUUGGGAUUUCUCUGCAUUGUGCUCACAUCGAAUGGGGGAUGGGUUGUAUUUUAACGAAAGUUUAGUUUCUGUAAUUUGCUAGGUUUUUUUUUUUUUUUUUUCUGAUGAGAAUUUUGGACUAGCAGUCUCUCUGUUGGUUUGUUUCUCUCCUCAUGUCUUUUUAUUUUUUGGUGGUUGGCUUUGUGACAUGACUUGCAUUGAGUUUUUACUUUAUUGCGAUCUGUGCUCGCCA